GCGGGCUCGCCCCUCCCGCCGGGCCGGGCCGGGCCGCGGAGCGCGACGGGCGGCGCGGAGCGGCCGCGCCCGGGCAGGAGCCGCCGCCGGCGGGAGCGCAGCGGAGCCGGGCGGGCCGCGCCAUGCGGCUGUGCGGGGCGCUGCUCAAGAACCCCAUCCCCAAGCAGAUCGAGUACUACUCGCGCUUCUCCCCCUCGCCCCUCUCCAUCAAGCAGUUCCUCGACUUCGGUCGUGACAAUGCCUGCGAGAAAACUUCGUACAUGUUCCUGCGGAAGGAGCUCCCUGUGCGACUGGCGAACACCAUGAGGGAGGUCAAUUUGCUGCCUGAUAAUUUACUGAACAGGCCUUCUGUUGGGCUGGUACAGAGUUGGUACAUGCAGAGUUUCCUUGAGCUUUUAGAAUAUGAAAAUAAAAGUCCUGAGGAUCCUCAUGUUCUGGAUGACUUUUUAGAUGUUUUAAUUAAAGUCAGGAACAGACACAAUGACGUGGUUCCAACCAUGGCACAAGGGGUGAUUGAAUACAAGGAAAAAUAUGGCUUUGAUCCAUUUGUAAGCAGUAACAUCCAGUAUUUUCUAGACAGAUUCUACACCAACCGCAUCUCUUUCCGUAUGCUUAUUAACCAACACACACUUCUGUUUGGUGGAGAUAUUAAUCCUGCUCAUCCCAAACAUAUUGGAAGUAUUGAUCCUAAUUGUGAUGUGGCAGAGGUGGUUAAAGAUGCUUAUGAAACAGCUAAGAUGUUAUGUGAACAGUACUAUACAGUGGCACCUGAUCUGGAAGUUGAAGAAUUCAAUGCUAAAGCUCCAAACAAGCCUAUUCAAGUAGUCUAUGUACCUUCUCAUUUGUUUCAUAUGUUAUUUGAAUUAUUCAAGAAUUCAAUGAGAGCUACAGUGGAGUUGCAUGAAGGUAAGAAAGAAGCCUGUCCAUCGAUCAAAACCUUAGUCACUUUGGGGAAAGAAGAUCUAUCUAUUAAGAUAAGUGACCAAGGUGGAGGUGUACCUCUAAGAAAAAUAGACAGAUUGUUUAACUACAUGUACUCAACAGCACCCAGGCCCAGUCUGGAGCCCUCGAGGGCUGUGCCUUUGGCUGGGUUUGGCUAUGGAUUGCCAAUUUCUCGUCUGUAUGCGAGGUACUUUCAAGGUGACCUUAAACUCUACUCAAUGGAAGGCGUGGGUUCAGAUGCUGUUAUUUAUUUGAAGGCCCUUUCAAGUGAAUCAUUUGAAAGACUUCCCGUUUUUAAUAAAUCAGCAUGGCGGCACUACAAGACCACACCUGAAGCAGAUGACUGGAGCAAUCCUAGCAGUGAACCAAGGGAUGCUUCUAAAUAUAAAGCUAAUCGAUAAUUUGCCACCUUUUGUCUCUGUUGGAGAUGACCUCUGCAUUCAGUAUAAAGUCUCUGCUUUGUUCCAAAAUCCUUCAAACCACAGUAGCUAAUUACUUCCAAACAAAGACCUAAUCAGGGCAUUGAAAAAUACUAAGAACAAAGUGAUGAUUGGGACUUAAAGGAAGGCACUGAGCACGUUUGGUAUGUGAAUCCUGUGUACCUCACCAGAAUAUGCUUGGUUGCUUCAGUCAUGCAUUGACAAAAGGGAUCGCACUGUGAUUGCACUUAGGAACACAAUGUUGUAACAAAAAGAUACUAUUUGAAGUGGCCAAUUCUUAUUCCACUGUAAGGAUUGGUAAGAUGUGCAGAAUCCCUUAAAGUGGUGAAUAGUAUCUUGCACAGCAAUAUGGUGUAAGAGGAAAAUUCUAACGUAGUUAAACGUGUGCUUCGAAAAUCCACUGUUUGCGGCGUUUUGUAUUGCACAGUGUCACCCCAAGAGAAAACCCCUCUGAGCUCUUCAGAUCUUAUCUCUAGCGAGUUUAUAAAUGUGUAGUUCUGAAAAGGGUUGUGCAGCUUUAAACUGAUGCUUUCUCCAAAUUCCCAAACCCAUUUGUCACGUGCAUACAAAAGUUAUGUUGUUAUAAGACGGUAGGACUUCCAUUUCUUGGUAUGCACCUUAAUGGUUUUCUUGACACAGAAAUGCAUUUCUGUGCAUUUUUCCUUGUUUUGAGGAAAGCUCCUAAGUAGUUAGAUCAUCUCCCGCACAAGAAAUUCUGUCAGGAUGGGGCAGGGGUAGUUCAGUUUCCUAUUUGCCUAUCAUUUUAGGGGAAUUGGAGAGGGGAGGGAAAUGCUGAGAGGCCAGACAGCCAGUCAUACAAAUGAAUUUGCCUUAAGACUGUUGGUUGCUUGAAACCUGAUUAGUUUAAAAUCUGUAAAUAGUUUGCAAAGUUAUUUAUACAUUCAAUGUCUGACUACAGUCUGGUAAUCUGAAUUUGUAGUGUAUAUAAAGGUGUUGUACACCGGCUUUUGGAACGUGUUAUUGGUCUAAGUACAUGAAACUGGAAAUGCAGUAGAAAUGGGAGGGACAAAAUGUGACCGGUACCUGGUUUAAGUUAAAAAAUAUCAGAGAUGAAAAAGAAUCCCAAGUAUUUUCCCCUUAAAUUUAUCAUAAGGGUCAUCGCUGACUAUUAAAAAACUGUUCUUUACAAAGUCUUUGCCAAAUGCUGUUUCUGAUUCUUUGGCCUUUCAGAAAAAUCUGUGAAAUUUAGAAGUUCUGGUGAUACGUUAGUGGCAAUAAAGUAGAUGAGUUGUAAGCAGCUCUGAUGCACCCUCAAUUUCUCUUAGGUGUUUUGAUAUUUUUUGGAAAGAUAGUAGAGAUUUUAGCAUGGAAAAAUGAAACUUGUUUACUAAAAUUGUGGGGGAACUGUCCCUUUUGUCCUCCCAGUAUUUAUUUUUAUAAAGAACUGAUUUAUUAGGGAAAUGCUGAGAAAUUCCUAGAUAUUUUAAAACAAGAAAAAGAAUCCUAGUUUGACUUAAUAAUAGUACUUUGCACUUCAUAGCACAUUUCAUUGAAGGAUUAUAAAGUGCUUUGAGCAAUAAACUCCACGGAGCCCCAUUUGUGAGAAGUCGAAGUUCUUGCCUUGCCUGUCGCAGUGGGUUCCUGAGCUGUGUGAGCAGUGGAGGAGCUCACAGGGCACCUCUGGGUGUUCCCACACACAGGAAUGGGAUUGGGCCCGUGGGAGCACCGGAGGGCUGCUGCCCUUCCCUGCGGAUCAGGUGGCAGCAGGGCACUGCCCAAGGCUGUCCCCGCUGGGCAGUGCUGCCCUCAGAGCCCCCUCAGAGCCCCCCUGCCAGCAGGGGAGGAGGAGGGGGCGAUGGGGCCCUCCCAUUCCCAGCCCGGGCUCGGGGACAUGGCCAGAGGGUGGCAGGAUGGCAGCAGGGCACGGUGAGGGAGUGACGUGUGUGACCUCCAGAGCAGCAGCAGCUCCCCAGCGCUGCAGGCACUGCUGCAAACACAGGCUGCUGUCCAAGCCAUGCAGCUGUGCUGGAACCAGGGCAGUGGUUUGACUGAAACACUGGUUGCAAGUCACAUCUACUAAAAUUUAGUCAUCUAUCUUCUGCCCCCACCUGUAACUUCUUACUGUUUUUAAAAUUAUUUCAAGUUGUGUAUGCUUUAUAGUAAUUGCAGAGGAGAGUUUGCUUAAAGGUAGAAAUUUGUGAUGAAAUAAAUAUUUCCUCAGUUGCAUGUGGUCAGUUUGUUAUAGAACAUUGCCCAAAACAUUCCAAGCAAUAAGGUAGUCUGCAUAAGAAACUUGAGUUUCAGCUUUUGUUAGAAAUUGUAUUUUGAAGUAGUAAAUCCUGACCUGGUUCUCA